UUUGCUGGAAGAAGAAGAAUGGUAGUCAACAUGGACGCAGAGCUGUUGUUGUUUUUAGUCUCGGAAAACAAGGAAUUAUAUGAUAAAAACCACUAUGAUUACAAAAAUACGAAGCGAAAAGAAAUGCUCUGGCAAGGGAUUGCAGACAAAAUGGGAGUCGAUGUGGAGGAGGUUAAAGCAAAGUGGAAAAAUCUCAGAGACACAUACACAAGGAAGAAGCGAAUGGAGCAGGAUAUGAUGCGAAGUGGCCGGGCUGUUAAGAAAAAGAAGCAGUGGAAAUAUAUGGGUGUGAUGGACUUUCUCGAUCCAUCUACAGAACACAAAAGUGUUAUUUUGAACAGCGCUCCCAGCAAAAUUGAGGAUGAUGAGCCAGAUGAAGACAGUGGGGCUGAACCGGCCACCACCAGCACAGGUACCUCCACAACGAGUCCAGGAUUGGUCCAAACAGGUGCAGUGAAGCGAAAACGAUCGGAGACUCUAGAGCUGCUGGAAAGGUAUCUGGCAGCGAAAGAUGUCAGAGACAAAGACAGAGAGAAAGAACACCACCAAGAUGAGGUUGAUUUAUUUCUUCGCAGCUUAGCACCUGCCUUAAGACGAUUGCCUGCUUCAAAACAAUCCUUAGUGAAGCUUCAGAUCCAAAAAUUACUUCAUGAUGCGGAGUUCGGACAGCCCAGCUUUCCGCAGAUAUCCUCAGUGUCACCGAGUAAUCAGUUGUUACUACAGUGUAGUGUUGUAAAACCCAGUUGAAAUGCAUUUUUUUUUUAUUGAAAAUAAAUGUGACU